AUGAACCCCGUUCUCGCCUCCCUCGGGCUGGCUCUUGCCCGUGGCGUUGCGAAUGCCGCGCCCUCUGUCUUCGCCAGCAACCACACCGUUGGUCCCGAGUUGAAGCAUUGGCCCGCUGAGGCUGCCAAGUCUCUGAACACCAUGAUCGCUGCCAAUGCCAACCAGAGCAACUACGCCGUCUUCGACAUGGACAACACCAGCUACCGCUUCGACCUCGAGGAGUCACUGUUGCCGUUCCUCGAGAACAAGGGCGUCUUGACCCGCGACACCAUGGACCCGUCCUUGAAGCUGAUUCCCUUCAAGGACACCGCCAACCACACCGAGACAAUCUACAGCUACUACCUGCGGCUGUGUGAAAUCGACGACAUGAUCUGCUACCCCUUCGCAGCUCAGAUCUUCAGCGGCAUUCCUCUGAGCGAACUCAAGGGCUACGUGGACGAGCUCAUGUCACUCAACGGCACCGUCUCAACUACCUACUACGAGGGCGAUGUCAUCACCCCUACCGAGAUCACUCCCCCUAAGAUCUUUGCCGGCCAGGUCGAGCUCUACAACAAGCUGAUGGCAAACGGCAUUGAGGUUUACGUCAUCACUGCGGCUGCCGAGGAGCUCGUCCGCAUGGUCGCUGCCGACCCCAAGUACGGCUACAACGUCAAGCCUGAGAAUGUUAUCGGUGUCAGCCUUCUGAUGAAGAACCUGACCUCCGGUGACCUUACCACGUCGCGCAAGCAGAUCACGGAGGGUACCUAUGAUGAGAAGGCCAACCUUGGUCUGGUCAUGACUCCCUUCCUGUGGACGCCUGCCACAUGGAUGACUGGCAAGUGGGCUGCCAUUCUGACUUACAUCGACGAGUGGAAGAAGCCUAUCCUGGCCGGCGGUGACACUCCGGACAGUGAUGGCCCCAUGAUCUUCCAGGGUGUCGAUGUUUCCAAGGGCGGUAUCCAUCUCUGGAUCAACCGCAAAGACAGCGCCAUGGAGGAGAUGAACGAGAUGAUUGAGGAGUAUUCCGCUGAACAGAAGAAGCUCGGACUUCCCGUGACUGCAGACAAGAACUGGGUUAUCGUGAAGCCUGAAGACAUCUUGUAA